UCGAGCAAAGCCAAGGAGAAGAAGCAAAAACGCCUGGAGGAGCGAGCGGCCAUGGACGCCGUCUGUGCCAAGGUGGAAGCCGCCAACAAACUUGAAGAUCCCCUCGAAGCUUUCCCGGUUUUCAAGAAAUACGAUCGCAACGGUUUGAACGUGGCCAUCGAGUGUAAACGCGUCUCCGGGCUGGAGCCGACCACCCUCGAGUGGGCUUUCGACCUCACCAAGGCCAACAUGCAGACGCUGUACGAGCAGAGCGAGUGGGGUUGGAAGGAACGAGAGAAACGCGAGGAGCUCCGAGACGACCGCGCCUGGUACCUCAUCGCCCGCGAGCCCGACGCUGCCCCCGUCGCCUUCUCCCACUUCCGCUUCGACGUCGAGUGCGGCGACGAGGUCCUUUACUGCUACGAGGUGCAACUGGAGAGCAGAGUGCGACGACGAGGGUUGGGCAAGUUCCUCCUCCAGAUUCUCCAACUGGUGGCCAACAG